AUGAGCGCACGCCAUCUUGCCAUUUUCGCAUCAUCUCCAGCAAUAGGCGCCCAUGCUCAAGUCGCAACUCUGCACUACUGGAUCAGCUCGUGGUACGCCCCGACCGAAGUCAAUUUUCUCCCGUCCUGCAAGGGGUCGACAACACUUCGCGCAAGCGCUGAGCUUCGUCCGCCGCCGUCGCAGCGAGAACGUUCACCCACAAUCAUGGCGUCGACGUUGAGGCGUCGGUUGCUUCCAGAUGAACGUGGAGCCGAAGUGCCUCAUCGCGAGGACAGCCCAAUCGACCAACCUACCACACACGUGCACGUCGUCGAACAAAAGCCAAAGAAGAGCAAACGCCGCAACACAUUUAUAUUCCUUCUCGGUAGCUUAUGUGGAAUCGUAGGCGCGGGGUUCUUUGCAUCGAGCAACGACUUGAUAGAUUUUCCAGAGUUCGGUGAGAUCAGCGUGGACAGUAUACUGGAUAUUGUUCCGCCGGGGUUGGUCAAGGAUCUGAGAGACUUUGUUCAAGGGGAGCGCGCCGUGGCAGAGACAUACGAUUCCUUCUCUGUUGGAAUGCAGGCGCAGGCAGAAGGGCUCGAGGCCCACCACCCUAUGAUCAUGGUGCCUGGUGUUAUUUCUACGGGUCUCGAGUCCUGGGGCACAGCCAACAUUUCAAGAGCAUACUUUCGGAAGCGACUUUGGGGAAGUUGGACGAUGAUGAGAGCAUUGGUGAUGGAUAAGGAGAUCUGGAAAAGGCACAUUAUGCUGGACAAGCGCACCGGUCUCGACCCGCCCAUGGUGAAGCUGCGCGCUGCCCAGGGCUUUGACGCGACAGACUUCUUCAUUACGGGCUACUGGAUAUGGAAUAAGAUUUUCGAGAACAUGGCCACCAUUGGCUAUGACCCGACAAACUCGUACACCGCUGCCUACGAUUGGAGACUCGCCUAUAAAAACCUCGAAGUUCGUGACCGCUACUUCAGUAAACUCAAGUCUUACAUCGAGUCGGCGGUCGUCUUUGAUGGGAAGAAAGUUGUCCUGGCUUCUCACAGUAUGGGAAGCCAAGUCGUUUUCUACUUUUUUCACUGGGUUCAGUCAGAGUCCGGGGGCAGAGGUGGGCCGAGCUGGGUCGAAGAGCACAUCAGUUCCUGGAUCAACAUCAGCGGAUGCAUGCUUGGGGCCGUCAAGGAUCUCACUGCCAUUCUGUCCGGAGAGAUGCGCGACACUGCACAGCUCAAUGCCUUUGCCGUUUAUGGACUGGAGCAAUUCCUUAGCAAAGAGGAAAGGGCCGAACUGUUUCGCGCCAUGCCAGGCAUAUCGUCAAUGCUUCCGAUGGGAGGUAACGCGGUCUGGGGAGACGCCGACUGGGCGCCCGACGAUCAACCAAACCAGAAGGUCUCAUAUGGCUCCUUUCUUAACUUUCGAACCGGUAAUAACUGGACAACACCAGCCCACAAUCUGACAGUGCAAGAGUCUUUGGAAUAUCUAUUCGAUACUACCGGUGACUGGUAUCAGAAUCAAAUCAAAGGCAGUUAUUCGCAUGGCGUCGCGCACUCGAGAGCCGAAGUUGAGGCCAACGAAUUGGACCAGACAAAGUGGGUCAAUCCUCUGGAGACCCGAUUGCCGUUGGCUCCAAGCCUCAAGAUCUACUGCUUUUAUGGUGUUGGGAAGCCGACAGAGCGAGCCUAUUUUUACAAGUCGCCAGACCAACCUACCCAGACGAAACUGAAUAUAACAAUCGACAUUGGCCUUACCGAAGGCAAUGUUGAUCACGGCGUCAUCAUGGGCGAAGGUGAUGGCACUGUCAACCUAUUGAGCACAGGGUACAUGUGCAAUAAGGGCUGGAAUAUGGAGCGCUACAAUCCCGCGGGGGUGAAGGUCACCGUCGUGGAGAUGCCCCAUGAACCGGAGCGCUUCAACCCCCGAGGCGGACCAAGGACGGCUGAUCACGUCGAUAUUCUGGGCCGGCAGAAUCUCAACGAACUGAUUCUUCGCGUUGCGGCCGGCAAGGGCGACACCAUCAGUAGCCACGUUGUCAGCAACAUUCGUGAAUACGCGGCCAAAGUCAAGAUCUACGACGAAGAGAGCGUGCCUGAAGCAGCAGACAAUGCGUCUUAG